AUGUGGCGCAUGGCGCAGAGUUUAUUGAAGAACGGGGAGGUCAUCUACCCCAUCAUUCUGGCAUCGGAUGUCGCGACACUUAGUGGACAUGGGCGCAUCAGAGUCUGGCCCGUUGUAUCGGGAAGUCACCUCAUUUCACCCUUCCUGCUCCUUGCCUCAUCUCAUCCCUCCCUCCUGUUGAUUCCCUCAUCUCAUCCCUCCCUCCGGCCUACUGUCUCAUUUCAACCCUUCCAGCUCCUUGCCUCAUUUCAACCUUCCUGCCCCUUGCCUCUCUCAUCCUUCCCUGCUGUUCCUUGCAUUAUCUCAUCCUUCCCUCGUGUUGAUCCCCUCAUCCCAUCCCUCCGUCCUGCCUACUGUCUCAUUUCAACCCUUCCUGCUCCUUGCCUCAUGUCAACCCUUCCAGCUCCUUGCCUCAUUUCAACCUUCCUGCUCCUUUCCUCAUCUCAUCCUUCCCUGCUGUUCCUUGCAUUAUCUCAUCCCUCCCUCCUGUUGAUUCCCUCAUCUCAUCCCUCCCUCUAG